AUGGGCGUUUUGGCCCACGCUGUUGGGAGCUGGGUGCUGGUAGAACGGCUGUCUACCCCUGCAGCCUCUCAGGACGGGAAGUGUUUGGGCUUGCUGCCAGCCCUGCUGGGUCGAUCCGCGCAACAGCGAGUGCAACAGCAGCAAAUACAGGCAGAUUCCCCCAAGCGAAAGUCUCCAGCUCUCCAGAGGCAGCAGCGAGGGACUCAGUUGCUGCAGCAAUGCGCAGCAGCGGCACAUGCUCCCCGGAUUUCUGUUCUGAGGCAUCCGAUCGUUGGAGCUGCGAUUGCCUUCGCCAUCGACACCACCGCACGGCUUGCAGCCACAAUCAGCACUGCAGACAGCGCUGCUUGCUGUGGUGGCCAAACCAGCAGGUGGCUGGGCCUGUGUCUGUGGAAGGCGGAGGGAGGGGGAGAGCUGCUCGGGGCUGCGCGGCUACCUCGUGCAUAUGGAGAAGCUGACGACGGCCUCCGAUUGAACAGACAGAGCGCAGCUCUUGGCUUCCCAGAGCGUGAUGCAGAAGAUUGGAGGCCAGGCGUUUUGUUUUGCGGCUCCGACCUAGUUGUCACUGCGGGAGGAGUUGAGGGCGGCCGGAUCGAUGUGUGGAGAGUCUCGGACUUUCUACCCCCAUCCAAGUACUUCGGAAACUCCCAAAGGAGUGGGGAGGCCGUUGCUGAGGCAGGCAAAAUGGGAAAUGCUACCACCACUGGAGGACCACUUGGGGCAGAAGGCCUGCAACUUCAGUUUCAGCACGCCAAGCAGCCCAAACGGCUGCUAGCGGAUCCUCUUGAAAAUUACACAACUGCCUGCCUCACACGUCGAGCCAAGGGAAGCCCCCGCCUUCUACUGGUGGCCUCUGACCGCGGCUGGGUGUAUGCCUACGACUUCGAGGCAAAUGUAUUCGUCUUCGAGCUCUUCCUGGGCGAUUUCCCCAUCAGUUCAAUCACGUGCGGCAAGGCGAUGUACUUGGCCUACAGCACGGGAUCGUUUGCUCGUCGAGCUACUGUGGAUUUGAUUCGAGUUUUGGAAAUGUGGGCGGCGAUGGGGCCGACGGGCAGCGGUGGCUCCAAGAGCGGCCGCUCGCAACACUCAUCGAGGGGAACAGAGAAUAAAGGAGAAGGUGAUUCUCCUAUGAUAGCUACAGCAGAUUCUGGAGGUUCUUUAAGACUGUGGAGUCGGUGGCCUCUGCCGCAGCAACUGGCGGAAUUCUCGUUGCCUCAUCCUUGCACCGCUCUCGCCUUUCUCUGGCGUACACUGCUCUUGGGCUGCUUCAAAGACGGCUCGCUCCGCCUCUUCGAUACAAAUGCAUUUCGCCUCGUCGGCCGCCUGCAGCUGGCAACCACCCAGGACCCCCCUGUCGCCAUUGCUUGCCUUGGUGCAGUGCAGCUGACAACUUGA